AUGGCGGCGCCUCCUGAAGUCAACACUCUCGAUCUUUCUGGCAUGUUUAUUAUGAACAAAACACUGAGCGAUGAUCCGGAUGAGAUUCUCCGCUUACAGGGCGUUAGCUGGUUCAAACGCAAAAUCAUUAGCACUAUCACUAUAACACUCUACGUUAGCCAUUAUAAGGACGACGAAGGAAAGGAACAUAUUGAUAUCAGGCAAAUUGGAUCAGGAGGCUUCGAGGGCAAUUUCGAGCGACGCAUCGUUGAUUGGACCCUACGCAGCACCGAAGAUCCAUUGUUUGGGGCAGUCGUUGGAAGGUCACGAAGAAUCAAGGUCGACGACUUAGAAUACGAAUGGCACAAGGAAAAUUGGUCCGCCGACACAAUUGAGAAUUGUGCUAUUGAAUCAUAUGUGGAGAGUGAUACCCCAAAGAGCGGAACAACCUGGGUUGCUGAUCAGGUAUGGGGAUUCUCGGAAAUCAAUAGCGAAAGAAGGUACGUUAGGAGAAUACACUUUACUGGCCCAGACGGCGAAGAUCUUCAUCGUGUCCUGGUGUAUGACUACCAUCCAACGCCUGUCCUUAACAGAUCGUACAAAAUACGAGGCCGUACCGUAACUCUCGGCCUUGAACAACCUGUCUUGCGAUGGACGCGUCCCUUAACCUCGAAAUGGCUUCUGGCAUGCCUGGUGGUCGCGUAUAUUAUUGCACUGUCCUUCCUCACGAGGACUGGGUAUUUUCUGGUUCCUUCUGAUUCGUGGGUGGGAUGUACGGCGACAUACUGGCUGGCAAACGAUGGAUGUGGCCUGAAUGGUGAUACCUGCGGACCAUUUGAUAACUCGACAUUCGAUUUCCGCUGCCCAGCACAGUGCACCUCUACAGUACUUGCAAACCCGAGGACAAUAGGUAAUAUACAAAUCGAUAAUGUUCCCGUCAUCGUCGGCGGAGGAGACGACAACCGUACUUACCGUGGAGACUCCUUCAUAUGUGCUGCUGCGGUUCACGCAGGCUUGUUUGAGGACUCUCAUGGGGGAUGCGGCACCCUGCAAUUAACGGGGAACUUCACGAACUUUUUGGCACUCGCUGCGCACGGCUUGAUGUCGGCGCCCUUCCCAACUAUUUUCCCGUUAUCGUACCGCUUUAGCCAGAAUACGUCCCUUUCGCAUUGCUUGGACCUCAGAAACCACGUGCUGGCCUUCAAUAUAAUCGUCACUGCUCUCUUAUUCCUCGUCUUCAGACCGAAGCCAAUAAUCUUAUAUUGGUCCCUUGUUUGCAUUGGCUUUUGGCAUAUUUCACUAUAUUCGCAGCCUCAGGGAUUUCCUCCGCCGCUGGAUACUGCAUUUGGAAUAUUUCUUCCAACACUCUUUUUCGCAUAUGCAUUCUGGCGUCUCGCUUUCCGCUUCGUUCUCCCAGCCUUUUCUAAUGCACCGCUUGAGAGGGCAGUGUGGUACCUUGCUGCCUUCUGGCCUGGCGUCCUCCUGAACAUCGUCACAGACAAGAUUCCAGUUGAUCGUUUGGUUGCUAGCGAUAUAGACAAAAGGCCUGGGGCAUUGAUAGCCAUCAUCAUCAUUGCCAUCGUCGUCUUUGUUAUCGUUGUCAACCAGAUUCGGGUGAUUCGCAAAACCGGGUGGUUGCCGAAGUAUCUCGCCUGGUACAUCGCUGGUGGAUUGGUGGCACUGGUCCUGUCACAACUGCCGAAUCUGACAUUGCGGUUGCAUCAUUACAUCUUCGCGAUGGUGAUGAUACCUGGAACAGCCUUUCCAACACGGUUAUCCGCUAUUUACCAGGCAUUCCUACUAGGAAUGUUUCUCAAUGGUGUCGCUGCAUUUGGAUAUGAUUCAAUCUUACAGACGGCAGCGGAUCUGCAAAGAGAUGCUCCCCAGGGAUCAGCACUUCCGACCUUCCUUACAAACUCCACAACUUACAAUUCAUCGAUUCCUCUUUUAAAUCAGACAAUAUCUUGGGCACCAAUUCCGGACGACGGAAAUGGGUUUGACGGUUUUGCGUUACUGAUUGAUGACGUUGAGCGUUUCACGGGUACUGCACUUAAUUUCUCGCUCGCAUCACUGCAAGAGGGCAUCCCUCACUUUUUCCGCCUUGCUUUCCAAAAGGCCGGAGUGAGCGGUGACUUCACUAAAGCUGCAACGUUAUGGCCGAACGGCUCGUGGGUAAAUCCUCUUCCGGGACCCUCUUAG